GACAGCGACGGCGUCGGAACUCGCUGGAAGAUCGACCCCGGGCGGCUCAACAGUUCGCAAACUCGGGCUCGCGGCCGCGCGGCUCCGUCUGCGCGCGGGCGGUGCAGGGGCGCGGGGGUCCCCGGGCUGCUGCAUCCCGGGGCUGCCCCGGACAUGCCCCGCACCCCCUGCCGGACGCCCGCGCGUCUCCACCGCCUGCGAUUCGGGGGGCUCUGGGACUAGAGCGCCCCCCACUUCAACUUAUGACUUUGGGGUCCCCCAGCCCGAGAGGAACGGGCGGCCCGGCUGGGGGAGCCCCGGGCAUGGUGUGACGGGGCGGUCGGCUUUGCUGGGCUCCCCCCUACUCCAGCCACCCGCGUCUCUGUGCCCUCCAGAAUGUAGCUGUUCUCUCCAGACUCUCCAGGCUCCAGCCGCAGUCUCCGCGACCUCCAGGCUCCAGCCGCCAACUCCUUGUCCCCCCCGGACUCCAGCCGCCGUCUCCGCGUCCUCUGGACUCCAGCCGCCGUCUCUGCGCCUCGCGGUCUCCCGUUUCGCGAGCCCCUCAGUCUUCGUGCGCCCGGGACUCUAGCAUUGGUCUCGAGAUCCCCCAGGAUUCAGGCGUGUUUCCGUGCCCCCAAGCCCAGACUCCAGCCGCCGUCUCCGCGUCUCCCCGGAUCCAGCCCCUGUCUCGGCGCCCCCCCCACCUCCCUCCCAGCCCCCAAAUCCAGGCUCCAGCCGCUAUCUCCGCCUUUCCUGGGAUCCAGCUGUCGCGCCGGUGCCGGCGCGUGCAGCAGCUGCCCCACCGCGCGCCCCGAGUCCGCCCGGGCCUCGGCGGGGAGAUGAACGCGCAGCUGGACGGCCUGUCGGUGAGCUCGUCCUCCACCGGCUCGCUGGGCUCGGCGGCGGGAGCCGGCGGCGGCGGCGGCGGCGGCGGCGGGGGCGCGGGGCUGCGACUGCUGUCUGCCAACGUGCGCCAGCUGCACCAGGCGCUGACGGCGCUGCUGAGCGAGGCGGAGCGGGAGCAGUUCACGCACUGCCUGAACGCCUACCACGCGCGCCGCAACGUCUUCGACCUGGUGCGCACCUUGCGCGUGCUGCUGGACAGCCCGGUCAAGCGGCGCCUGCUGCCCAUGCUGCGGCUGGUCAUCCCGCGCUCCGACCAGCUGCUCUUUGAUCAGUACACGGCCGAGGGCCUCUACCUGCCCGCCACCACCCCCUACAGGCAGCCCGCCUGGGGCGGCCCCGACGGCACAGGGCCUGGAGAGGUGCGCCUGGUGAGCCUGCGGCGUGCCAAGGCCCACGAGGGUUUGGGCUUCAGCAUCCGCGGGGGCUCGGAGCAUGGCGUGGGCAUCUAUGUGUCGCUGGUGGAGCCAGGCUCUCUGGCAGAGAAGGAAGGGCUGCGAGUUGGGGACCAGAUUCUGCGUGUCAACGACAAAUCCCUGGCCCGGGUGACCCAUGCUGAGGCCGUCAAGGCUCUCAAGGGCUCCAAGAAGCUGGUGCUGUCAGUGUACUCAGCGGGGCGCAUCCCCGGGGGCUAUGUCACCAACCACAUCUACACCUGGGUGGACCCCCAGGGCCGCAGCAUCUCCCCACCCUCGGGCCUGCCCCAGCCCCACGGCAGUGCCCUACGGCAGCACGAGGGUGACCAGAGGAGCACCCUACACCUCCUGCAGGGCGGGGAUGAGAAAAAGGUGAACCUGUUGCUGGGGGACGGCCGGUCCCUGGGCCUCACCAUCCGAGGGGGAGCUGAGUAUGGCCUGGGCAUUUAUGUCACUGGCGUGGACCCGGGCUCGGAAGCAGAAAGCAGCGGGCUCAAGGUUGGGGACCAGAUUCUGGAGGUGAAUGGACGGAGCUUUCUCAACAUCCUGCAUGACGAGGCGGUCAGACUGCUCAAGUCAUCUCAGCAUCUCAUCCUGACAGUAAAGGAUGUCGGCAAGCUGCCCCAUGCGCGCACCACUGUGGACGAGACCAAGUGGAUUGCCAGUUCCCGGAUCGGGGACACCGCCUCGAACUCAUCAGGGUUUCCCGGGGACCUCACAGCUGAAGGGACCAACAAGCUGGGCUUUUACAAGGGGCCAGCCGGCUCCCAGGUGACCCUGAGCAGCCUGGGGAACCAGACGCGGGUGCUGCUGGAGGAGCAGGCACGGCACCUGCUGAACGAGCAGGAGCGCGUCACCAUGGCCUACUACCUGGAGGAGUACCGCGGGGGCAGCGUGUCCGUGGAGGCCCUCGUCAUGGCCCUGUUCGAACUGCUCAACACGCACGCCAAGUUCUCCCUCCUCUCUGAGGUGAGAGGCACCAUCUCUCCGCAAGACCUGGACCGCUUCGACCACCUGGUGCUGAGGCGCGAGAUCGAGUCGAUGAAGGCGCGGCAGCCCCCAGGCCCUGCAGCUGGAGACACCUACUCCAUGGUCUCCUACAGCGACACGGGCUCGUCCACAGGCAGCCACGGCACCUCCACCACCGUCAGCUCUGCCAGGGAGCGGCUGCUGUGGCUUAUAGACCUGAUGGAGAACACUCUGGAUCUGGAGGAAACUGGGGAGGCCGUCCGGGGCACCAUGAACACCCUCUCAGACGUUUCCCUGGACGAUGUCAAGGCCACCUCCAAGGGGCUGCCCAGCUACAAGCCACCACCUCCCCCACCACCUCUGGCCCAAGGCCGCGACCACCCGCUCACCCAGGCCAGGGAGCCGGGCAGAGAGGACCUCCAGCCGCCUUCCUCUGCGUCCUCCCACUCUGGCAUCGUUUUCUCGGCCCCUCGGAACCGCAGCCCUCCGGCGGGCACUGCCCCGACCCAGGAGGCCUCCUCGGCGCAGGACUCGCCCCCCUCCCCCAUCUACGCCUCCGUCUCCCCUGCCAACCCCGGCUCCAAGAGGCCGCUGGACGCCCAUCUGGCCCUGGUUAACCAGCACCCCAUCGGCCCCUUCCCGCGGGUCCAGUCACCCCCGCACCUGAAAAGCCCCCCUGCAGAGGCUCUGCUGCUGACGGGGGGCGCCCCCCCGCCCCCCUCCCCUUCGGGCCGCCCAGACCAGACCAGCACGAACCAGCACUUUGUCAUGGUGGAGGUGCACCGCCCGGACAGCGAGCCCGACGUGAACGAAGUGAGGGCGCUGCCGCAGACGCGCACAGCCUCCACACUCUCCCAGCUCUCGGACAGCGGGCAGACCCUGAGUGAGGACAGUGGUGUGGACGCCGGGGAGGCAGAGGCCAGCGCCCCGGGCCGAGGCAGACAGAUGGCAUCCACCAAGAGCAGGAGUAGCAAGGAGACACCUCGGAGCGAGAGGACCACCGAGGGGGCCAGCAAACCGCCCGGACUCCUGGAGCCCACAUCCACCCUGGUCCGUGUGAAGAAAAGUGCAGCCACCCUGGGCAUUGCCAUUGAGGGUGGCGCCAACACCCGCCAGCCCCUGCCCAGGAUCGUCACGAUUCAGCGAGGCGGCUCAGCCCACAACUGUGGGCAGCUCAAGGUGGGCCACGUAAUCCUGGAGGUAAACGGGGUGACGCUUCGGGGCAAGGAGCACCGGGAGGCCGCGCGCAUCAUCGCAGAGGCCUUCAAGACCAAGGAGCGUGACUACAUCGACUUUCUGGUCACCGAGUUCAAUGUGACGCUCUAAGGGCGGAGGCCGGGGACCUGCCACCACUGCCCAGCCCCGGCCCUGGUCCCUCCUCCCUCUUGGCACCCUUGAGCUCCUUGAGGGCCGGGGCUGCAUGGCCAGGGUAGCAGGAAUGUAUCCCCGACUCCUUCCUGGCCCACUGGGCCAGAACCGGGAGAAGAGAGCAGGGCGAGGCAAACAGAAGGUCAGGUCGGGAGCUGGUGCGAUGCCCGGUACACAGUAGGUGAUCCAUACAAAUGUGGGUUUCAGGAAGGAGAGAAAAGAAGGGGGAGGCUGAGCACCUGUGUCUUGACAUGCGCACCCGAGGCCUCCCAGGGCCUGUAACUCUGGGUUGGGUGGGGGCACUGUGCUUCCCAGCCAGCUGGGACCUGGCGCGGCCCCAGAUGCCCAGUGAAGUCACAUAAGAAUCCGUGGACAAGGCCCCCAGCCAGGGGGCGCAUCUCGCAGGACCUUCAGUGCCACAAAUAAGCAUCAAUCACCCCCAUUCCUCCUAGCUCCUCAUCCCCUAUUGUAUUUAUUAUUUAUUUCCCUCCCCACGCCCCUGGGGACCCCAAGACCCUGGCUUCCCACUGCACCCCCAGCCUAUCCAGAGGCCUUGCAGGUGACCAGAGACGUCAGUGUAUUUAUAUACAGAGCUUAUGACUUUAAUUUUUCAAUAAAGAGAUCUGAACAAAGUUA